CAUGCAACUUCAACAACAAUGGCUGCUUGCAGUUGACCGAGUGACGCGACACGUUUAUGAUAUAGGCCAGGCCUGGUCGUGUUCCACUAGAAUUGAAAUUCUAUUUAAUUUUCUCGUUAGAGCUGCUAAUGUGAUAACUUUUAAGGCACACAAUUUGGUGGAAAAGAACGAGGAUGAAGACGUCUGGAAACGCCGACAUGAAUCCUGACAUGGGAAUUGACUUGGAUGAAGGUGUUGAAGGUGAACUAACUGUACCCGGAGAAAUUUCAUCCCGAUCAACACAUCCUGGAGGAAAACCAGAAUACAACACUUUGGACGAACCAAUAAAAGAGACUGUUCUUGAUGAAAAUGUUUUGUCUCCCUUGCAGCUACGAGACUUGAGGGCUGUAGGAUCAAAAUUCUACCAUGUCCUCUAUCCAAAACAGAAGAAGGCUCUGCUGAAAGACUGGGAUCUUUGGGGGCCAUUGAUUUUGUGUUCCAUCAUGGCAAUGAUGCUGCAAGAGUCAACCCAUGAUGCAAAUCGCAAUGAUCAUGGUGGUCCUGAAUUUGCUGAAGUGUUUGUCAUUGUGUGGAUUGGCUCAAUCAUUGUUACUGUCAAUUCAAAACUCCUUGGGGGCACCUUAUCAUUUUUCCAGAGUGUCUGUGUUCUUGGCUAUUGCCUCCUACCUCCAGCCAUAGCACUCCUUCUUUGCAGAAUAAUUCUUUUCUGGGCUCAAACAAGUUUCUUGUUUGCUCUAAGAUUUCUCAUCGCCAUCCUUGGGUUCACUUGGGCCACAUAUGCCUCUCUGAUCUUCCUUGGAGAUAGCCAGCCCCCAACGAAGAGAUUCUUGGCACUCUACCCCAUAUUCUUGUUUUACUUUGUGAUAUCCUGGCUUAUAAUUUCUCACACACACAUCUGAAGGGACAUGGCAGACAUGAGAUACAGUUUUAUUUUUGCAGAGGGCAAUGGAACGAAAGAGCCUGUCUUGGGCAUUGUCACCCUUAGUGGUGUGGUGUUGUCUGUGAUGAUUCAUCCAAAUCAUAGGUUGUCCCUUGUUAUCCUUGAUUAAUUGUGAGCUGCUGCAGAGAUUAUAUAUUUCUUUUUACAAUGCAGAUCUGUAAGCUGACAUGAGACUUUAACUUGUGUUCUCUCAACCCACUUAUUUCAUUGGCAGCAGAGCAUUAUCUAUUUUGAUGAUGUGAAAUGAUCAUGUAGGUAAAGAGAUCUUGGUUAUGGGUGAUAUUUAUGAAAUUCUGGUAGGGAAGAUAAGAGCACAAUGAAUAGGUAGUUGCACAGUUUGAUAUCUUUUAGAGUCCUUUUUUUGGAAAAAAAAAAAAAUAUAUAUGGGCAAUGAAGCAAAAGUGAAAAAUUAAAAUGAAGUUCAGUCAUCUGCCUUCCAUUAGUUGCUCAGUUGUUCCUGUACUUCUGAAGAACCUUCCAGAUAUGUCCACAGGCAUGGCAUGGGCAGGAAUCAUCUUGAGGCAUGGCACAAGUGGGAAUCGUCAUUGUUUGGAAAGCACAUGCAAUUUUAUGUCCUUGUUACUGCUCAAAAAAGAACAGUCAGUGACAGAAUGUUAUUUCGAAGUUGGAAGUGGCCCACAUUACAGAAAAAAAGAAGGCAGAGGUUGGCAAGAACAUAAUUCUGGAAAUCACUCAUACCUAUGGGGAUCACUACAAUAUAUGGUUUUUGAGAGGGGUAUCCUAUGUUUCUAUUUGAAAUGAGUACAACAUACCUAUAACUUCCACAUUUCACCAUUCGACCUGAACAUAGCAGUAAAACCCAAG